AGACAGACAAUCCCGAGGAAGGCCCACCUACCUAGAGAUCCGUUACUGACAGCAGCUCCCGUUCUAGGCGAUAUUUCAAUCAGCUGGCCAAUAGAACCUUGAGGAAACAAGUCAUCUUUGUAAAGAAAAGAGCUCCAGGACCAGGGUCGAGAUGGAUGUGUUCAUGAAAGGGUUGUCCAAAGCUAAAGACGGCAUGGCUAUGGCCGCGGAGAAGACCAAGGAGGGAGCUGCGCUGGCCGCGGAGAAGACUAAGGAAGGCGCCAUGUUUAUCGGCACCAAGGCCAAAGAUGGUGUUGGUUCAGCGAAGGACCUUGCUGGUGGAGCCAUGGGGAACAUCGCUGCAGCCACCGGCCUGGGGAAGAAGGACGAGUUCCCAUCUGACAUGAACCCUGAGGAGUAUGGGCAGGAGGCCAUGGAAGGAGAGCCACAGGGAGAUCAGCAGGAGGGAGAGACAUAUGACGAGAACCAGCAGGAGCAGGGCCAGGACUACGAACAAGAAGCAUAAAAACCAUCACUGCAAAUCUCCAUCCAACCAGCAGCACAAUUUAUUACAACAAAAAGGACAAACGCUGAAAGUACCACAAUAAUACAAAUCUAAUCCUGUUGCAAAAAAACACAAAAAAAAACACAAAAAAACACAAACAAGAAUUCCACCUGAGAAAAUAUGUUCUUCCUUCGUCUUGAAGACGAAUCUUUUAUGAUAAUCGAUGCUAUAUUGUAAAUGUCCUGCUACUGCUGUAAUGUGUUGGGUCGGUAAUGGUUGUUGUAAUGGUUGUUGUAAUGGUUGUUUCUUGAGGUGUAGAAGAGCCGCCCGCUGUCUCGGGUCUCGUUUCCUUGAUUCCCUCCCAAUGGAACGAGACCCCCGGACCAGGACAAUGGCUUGUGACCAUAGAAAUACAAUCCAUAGAACAGGCCUCCCCAUUCAAUACUGGACUCUAUUUCUAUGCGUGUGAUUCUUUGUGUGUUUCUGUAUUUAUAAAUGUGAGAUAAUAAUAGGUGUAUUUUUCUCAUCUUCCAACAACGACGUUGGGAGCGAAAGAAAAUUAUAAAUCCGGUUGCAGAUACAGAAAUGACUACUACCAAUAUUAUUCUAUAAGUGUGUUCAAUGCCUGUUUGUGGGUUCUCUCUUUUGAAUUUACUUUUGGAGCAAGUUUUUAUUUAUUUAAUGUAUUUUUAAGUAAGAGUUUUAUACAUUGUAUCUUUAUAGUUGCUUGUGAAAUCAUUCUGGUGGAACUAUCUGUUAGAAAUGGAUAAACUACGUGUGUGUGUGUGUGUGUGUGUGUGUGUGUGUGUGUGUGUGUGUGUGUGUGUGUGUGUGUGUGUGUGUGUGUGUGUGUGUGUGUGUGUGUGUGUGUGUGUGUGUGUGUGUGUUUGUAUGAGUUUGUGUGUGUGUGUUUGUUUGUAUGUGUGUGUUUGUGUGUGUGUGUGUUUGUGUGUGUGUGUUUGUGUGUGUGUGUGUGUUUGUGUGUAUGUGUGUGUGUGUGUUUGUAUGUAUGUGUGUGUGUGUGUGUGUUUGUGUGUAUGUGUGUGUGUGUGUGUUUGUAUGUAUGUGUGUGUGUUUGUUUGUGUGUGUGUGUGUUUGUGUGUGUUUGUAUGUGUGUGUGUGUUUGUUUGUGUGUGUUUGUGUUUGUGUGUACUGAAGAUUUUAACAAGUUGAAGUAAAUAUAUUAUGUCUUGAAAUCACAAUGGUUGUCAGAUCAAUAUGUGAUUUAAAGUGCAGGACUUAUCAAUAUAAAGGUUUAUGUGUCAACGCAGACAAACUAACACACCUGUAAAUAAACACGUGAGAAAAAAUAAA